AUGUCGUUUGCAGUGGGAAAGUUCUUGUGGAACCAUAGAAUAUCCCAGUUAGCAAAGAAAUAUGUACAAUAUUCGAUAAGCACCGGUUUGCAUAGCAUUGCAUCACAACCGUAUGGGGUCAGCAGACAUAGUUCGUGGAUCCAACGAGGAUUAAGCUCCACAGCCGGUAAAGAUUCACCAAAGGAAGAACACUGCAAUGUGGGAACCAUCGGGCAUGUGGAUCAUGGCAAAACGACACUCACGGCCGCAAUCACUAAAGUGCUGUCGAAAGAUGGGCAAACUAAUUUUGUUUCCUAUGAUCAGAUCGACCGUGCGCCGGAGGAGAAAGCUAGAGGAAUAACAAUUAACGCAGCACAUAUCGGUUACAAGACAAACAAACGACAUUAUGCCCACACGGAUUGUCCUGGACAUGCGGAUUACGUGAAAAACAUGAUCUCCGGAGCAUCACAAAUGGACGGUGCGAUAUUGGUGGUGGCAGCAACCGAUGGUCAGAUGCCGCAAACACGGGAACAUCUAUUAUUAGCCCGGCAAGUUGGCGUUAGUAAAAUUGUCGUGUUCAUCAACAAAGCUGAUCAAGUUGAUAACGAAGUGCUCGAAUUGGUGGAAAUCGAGCUACGCGAACUGUUGAGCGAUUUUGGAUUCGAUGGUGUUGAGAGCCCCGUUAUAGUGGGUUCGGCACUGCUAGCUCUCCAAGGCGACCAAAAGGAGCUAGGUGAACCUUCAAUUCGCAAGCUCUUGGAUGCAAUAGAUUCGUACAUUCCCACGCCAACGAGGGACUUAACUUCUCCAUUUUUAUUACCCAUCGAUAAUGCAUUUACCGUACCCGGCCGUGGUACGGUUGUUGUCGGUACACUAGCACGUGGCGUAAUGCGGAAAAAUGAUGAAGCUGAGUUGUUAGGAUUCGACGAAGAAAUACGCACCACCAUCGGUGGUAUGCAGGUAUUCAAGAAGGACGUUACUGAAGCCAAUGCUGGUGAUAACAUUGGCACGCUGUUGCGGAACGUUAAACUGAGUUCCGUACAACGCGGCAUGCUGCUUUGUGCGGCAGGAAGCGAACGUGUUUCGAACCAUUUCGAGGCAUCUAUGUAUUUGUUGGCGAAAAACGAAGGAGGCCGUGCGAAACCAUUAACUUCGAAGUACAUUCAGCAGCUGUUCAGCAAAACUUGGAACGUACCGUGCCGGGUGGAUUUGGUCGGGCUGGAUAUGCUUAUGCCGGGUGAUCAUGGUGCAAUUAAGUUGACGUUGCUAAGGAAAAUGGUCAUGUCCUGCGGACAAUCGUUUACCAUACGAGAGAAUGGUAAAACCGUGGCGACAGGUUUAGUGACCAAUGUGCUGAAACCGGUCAAUUUGCCACAGAAAAAAUUGAUCAAGUUAGAACUGGAUAUCUGUUAA